ACGCGACCAAUUUUCACUGAACUUCCAUUCUAUUUUCAUUGUGCAUCUGAACUUUAACACAUUGCCUAGGUCUACAACCUUUUCUUUCCCAGCAUCGGAUUUUAUGAUUCCCCAAUCUAAUUGGGUCAGACUUCGUAUUCAUCAGCAUAGAAGAUAACCCCAUUCAUGCGAAGAAAUCGGGAUGUUCAGAAUGCUCCGAAUGGUAUUUAGUCUGAAUGGGCUGGUUCCACACUCAUUCGUUCUCACCUUCCACAAGUAACUGUCGUCGUUCAAACUCAGCCUGGAAGGAAUAUGUCUGAAAACCUGAUGUCUCUAACGGGCCCACUGCUCGUGGGUAUUAUUCUUGAAUGGGGACUCUUGGGAAUCCUCGGUCUUCAGGUGUACACCUUCUACACAAACUCAGCAAAAGAAAAAUUAGGUAUCAGGAUCCUUGUUUAUACCCUUUUCACCUUAUCAGUAACUCAUUCAAUUAUUGCCUUCACUUGGGCCUGGCGUUUCCUUGUCAGCGGAUGGGGAAAUCCCGAGAUUUUUGUGAUAGUACCAUGGCAAGCAAGCGCACAUACUGUUUUGAGUGGGACAAUGACGAUGUUAGAGCAGCUGUUUUUCUGCUGGCGGCUAUGGGCAUUCAAUAGCAAAAAAAUACUCAUCCGAUGCGUAGUUACUCUUGUUGUUUUGAUUUCCCUGAUGCAGGUAUCUGCAUCGAUUUAUGGGGGGGUAAAGGCUGCUCAGUCUGCAACAACUGCAGACAUAGAGGGUCUGAAUAAAAUCGCCAGGGUCUGGCUAUCGGGAGGGUUCACUGGUGAUAUCAUUGUUGCAACCAGCAUGAUCAUUGUGCUGCGCUUUGCUACAAGUGAUGCAUAUUCAAAGAGGACUCAGAUUGUGCUUCAAAAACUCAUAGUGCGCGCAAUUGAAACAGGCAGUGUGACAGCCAUUGCUGCACUGGUGGUAUUAGUCCUCUUUGAAUUAUUUGAGACAAAUUACAUUUAUAUUGCUGCGGCUUUUCUCUUAUGCAACCUCUACUCAAAUGUGGUCCUUGCAUCCAUUAAUGGACGGAAAAGCAUAGCUUCGAUUCUUACGCAAGGAAGCACUACGUUGGGUUACACCUCAGGCCGGAAUGAUUUUGCUCCCAGCCAUGAACUAGCUUUCCAUAGACAGAUGCAAAGCAACUUGGACCAUGAUGAGGGUCUUGAAAUUUCAAGUAUCAAAACCACUAGUGAUUCUGGGCAACUUGAUUCACCUAUCACUACAAAAACCGCUUGGAGCAGAGUUGACGUUAACAGGGCCCAUGUUAAUGCAGCUCAGACUGUUUGAAUACACGGACUGUCAAAUGUUUCACAAGUAACUGGUUAUUAGGUACAUUUGCUACUAAGCAGACUUCUCUUUUAGUGUUUUUUUAUAUCACAAAAUUUUCAUUGUAUACAUAGAAGCGAAGCGUAGUUAGCUACUACUUAUUGUACUGAUAUGAUUGUCAAUCCUGUAUAGUAAUUUUCAUUGUUCAAGGGGAAACAAAAUGCAAAUGGACAGAACUUCGAACACUA